AAUCAUCAAUGCAGAGAAGUCAGAGUUCAAUGAGGACCAAGCUUCCUGUGGCAAGCUGUGCAUUCGGCGCUGUGAGUUGGAGUCAGAAGACCAAGAAUGGCUGAUGCUGUGCCCAGAGGAGCUCCUGACUGGUCAUUACUGGGCACUGUUUGAUGGGCAUGGCGGCCCUGCAGCUGCCAUUCUGGCUGCCAACACCCUACAUUCCUGCCUGCGCCGGCAGCUGGAGGCGGUGGUUGAAGGUCUGCUGACUCCUCAGCCACCCAUGCAUCUUAGCGGCCGCUGCGUCUGCCCCAGUGACCCCCAGUUUGUGGAGGAGAAGGGGAUCAGGGCAGAAGAUUUGGUGAUCGGGGCUCUGGAGAGCGCUUUCCAGGAAUGUGAUGAGGUGAUCGGAAGGGAGCUGGAGGUCUCAGGUCAGGUGGGCGGCUGCACGGCCCUGGUGGCUGUAUCUCUACAGGGAAAGCUGUAUGUGGCCAAUGCUGGGGACAGCAGGGCCAUCUUGGUAAGGAAGGAUGAGGUCCGGCCCCUGAGCUUUGAGUUCACUCCUGAGACCGAACGGCAGAGGAUCCAGCAGCUGGCCUUGGUCUACCCUGAGCUUCUGGCUGGUGAAUUUACCCGCCUGGAGUUCCCACGGCGGUUGAAAGGCGAUGACUUAGGGCAGAAGGUUUUGUUCAGAGAUCACCACAUGAGUGGGUGGAGCUAUAAGCGUGUGGAGAAAGCCGAUCUCAAGUACCCACUGAUUCACGGGCAGGGUAGGCAGGCAAGGUUACUGGGAACGCUGGCUGUCUCCCGAGGUCUCGGAGACCAUCAGCUUAGAGUCCUGGACACAAACAUCCAGCUGAAGCCCUUCUUGCUCUCCAUCCCACAGGUGACCGUGCUGGAUAUGGACCAGCUGGCCUUGCAGGAGGAGGAUGUGGUUGUCAUGGCAACCGACGGGCUCUGGGAUGUCCUGUCCAAUGAGCAGGUGGCACGGCUGGUCCGGAGCUUUCUCCCCGGGAAUCGUGAAGAUCCACACAGGUUCUCGGAGUUGGCCCAAAAGCUGAUCCUGAGCACACAGGGGACAGACGGCAGUGCUCCAGAAGAGGUGUCCCAUGAUGACAUCUCUGUGUUCGUGAUUCCCUUACACAGCCAGAGCCAAGGGGGCCGUGGCCCAUGAGGAUGCAGACUUCUGUGUUCCAGAACUUCUCCACGGCCGGCCACAGACACAUUCUGUUGUUGGCUUCCACCUCAGCUCUCCUGGGGGUACAAGUCAGAAAUGGAAGAGCAGGAACAGUCUAAGCCUCUUCUCUGGUCGAGGAGAGACUCUUAUUUUUGCCCGUCCUGGGGCUUGAACUCGGGGCCUG